UUGUAUUAUCUUUUCUGUUCAUGGAGAAGUUUUUGUCUUUGCAGAAUCUUCGCAUUUGGCAUAACACAAGAAUUUGCUCAGUAUUCGGUGGUUUUGGAUGUCAUACCAUGUUCUAAAUGUCGUUAUUCUGCAGAUGAAGUUUCGGAUAAAAUCCGAGCCAUAUUGCGCGAAUGUGGUUUAUUCCUAGAUAGGAUUGUUGCGGUUGUCUCUGACGGCACGGUGCUUAUGCAGAAGGUGGCUGAAAGUCUUCAGAAACCAUGGAUACCAUCUCUUACUCAUCGCAUUAAUCUUAUUUUAAAUGAGGUAUUGACUAAAGCCGAUGGAAUGAGAACGUUGCUGAAAACGUUAAUUUUUAAUGCAAAAUUGAUUAGCACUGACCUGGAACUACAAAAAAGUUUUGAAGACUUUCAAGGAGCUGGUACUUCAACAUUAUUUAAUUUACAGAAGGAUUUGUCAUCGCGUUGGGAUAUCAAGCUUAAUCUUCUACGUCUAAUGAAGGCGAAUUUUGAUGCCGUAAAUCAUCUUGCCAGAUCUUCAGAAAAUAAUUCUAGAAAGCCAGCUCGGCAAGUUCAGCACCUUAACGUUGGGGAUUUACAUCUCAUGAAUUUCGCUGUUGGGAUUCUCACUUUGUUUGAGCAAGUUACGAAACAUACGUCGUCAGCUACGGAGACGGUCGCAAGUUACAUUGCCGUGAUUGUCAGUUUAAAAUUAGCUGUAGAUAAAAUGUCACAAGGCACGCAGUCAGAUAAAGCUGCAGAGGAAUUUGCGAAAUGCGCAAGCGAUGAAUUGUAUAGCAAUCCGUUAUACUGCAGAACAAAUGUACUAUCAGAAGAAAAAUGGACCAGUUUGUUGACCAGAAUUGAAGCCGCUGUUGUAUCAAAUGAAGCAAGAAAGGAGUCAGCUAAUUCAUCCGCAGCAGCUGAGGAGCCGGACGUUGAUGGAAAGUCUGAGAUGGAGUCUUUGAAGAAGGAAACUGAUGAGCACCCAAACAACUCUCUUGAUUGCUUCCUGCAGUCCUUCUCCAUCUAUGAAGCUGAUGGUAUGUCGAUGACAAUGACCUCUGAGGAACGUAUCCGUUGUCAAGUUAAGAGUGAAAUGGAAAGGUAUUGGAAUUAUGUGGCGAAAGCAAACAAAGAGAUUAGGAAUAUGCCACUUGCAUUUUUCUGGGAAGAACAUAGGAAAGAAUUCCCUGCCCUAGCAGACUUCGCUCGUAUUGCUUGCGCAGCUCCACUUGGUUCUGUUGAUUGCCAGCGAGUUUUUAGCUCGUUGGCGAAACUUUUCAAGGAAAAAAAUCGAAAUGGAGCUCUUGACAUGACGGUUCGGAAUCUAGUGCUAGUGAAUCAAUGGCUUGCCGAGGAUGUUUUAAUAGAUUAUAUUUUGGAGAACCCAACUAGUGAUGAAAGUUUCCCAUGUGCUUCAGAUUUUGACUGGAACACUCAGGAUUUUGAUGUAUAG